GAAAGAUCCCUGCCUCAGUCUGAGGAGUGGGAGAAGAUAGAGGAAGACUUGAAGGAGAGCAAUGAGUGGCUGCGAGUGCGUGUCAACCAAAUGGAACCAGACCUCAUGGAGGUUGGCGCCACUCUUGAAGAAGCUAUUAAACUACGACAAGAACAUGAAGAACUUCUACAUAAACUACAUGACAAGCAACACCAGAUAACAGAGCUUCUUGCAAGAGCGGAUGAGUACGUCGCCCAGGAGAAAGCAUACAGUGAAGUGUACGAAGCCAUGGCAGAGUCCCUUGGGGAAGCAUGGAAGGACCUGAACAGCCAGCUGGAGACACGACGUCUGCUGCUGGACCAGAGCAUUGCCUUCCAUCAGAGUGCUCAACAGUUUUCUGAGAAAAUGGAGCAAGCCCAGAAGAACUUCAGCCAUGUACCACUUGCACAGGAUGUGGAGAUGGCAAAACAUUUGCUCCAGCAACAUACAGAGAUGAAAAAAGGAAUUCUCGAAGCUUCUAUGCAGACAUUACAACAAGGUCAAGAACUACUGGACAAGAUCCGCGUAAUGGGUCAGCGCUCUGACCUCCAGAACCGCCAUGCCACCACGGCUGCCUGCUACGGCAUAGAACACUUGCUAGAACUACUUCAUGACCGCAGACGUCAGCUGGAGGACCUCUGGCUGCAGCGUAAGGUUCAACUGGAACAGUGUCUACAGCUGUGUCAGCUGGACCAGGAGUGCUCGAAAGUGUUGAACUGGUACCAGCAGGUGGGAGGAGGUUACCUCAGCAAGACUGACCUUGGUGACUCUGCCAUGGUGGCACAGAUGAUGCAUGAAGAUCAUGCCAGAUUUGAGAUACAAGCAAAGGAAGCUCACGAUACCGUACUUCGCCUGGUUAGAACAGCAGACCAGCUGAUCCACAGUACCCACUACGACUCUGAGGGCAUCCGCUCCAGACUACACCGAGUCGACAAAGUCUCCGAGGAGUUCAUGCAGGAGAUGGAGAACAGGAGAAAGAACCUGGCUAUGGCAGUUUCCUUCUACAAACAGGCAGAUGUGGCUCUUGACAAGCUUGGUCAGGUGGAGAUGGAACUGAACAGAACAGAUUUACCCAGGAACAGCACGGCUCUUGUAGAGCGCCACUCACAGCUGUCCAGCACCAUAGCAGAGGUAUCUGCUGCCGCACUCCGCGAGGGUCGUAUCCUAUUAGAGAGGGUCCAUAGGGACGACCCAGGAGCCAAUGGUGUUAGGACAAAGAUGAGACUUCUGCAAGAGACUUGCUCUCGCCUGGAAACCAUGUGCCGAGCCAAGCCAUCAGAGCAGACGACAGGGGGUCCAUCAGUGGGGGCCUUCCAGGAACAAUACAACAGCGUUCAAAACUGGAUAUCAAACAUAGGCCAUAACACUUUGACCAAGCAUCGGGACCUUGGAGGGUCAUUAUCUGAUGCUCAGGACUUCCUGGACGCACAUCGCCAUUUGGAAAAAGACCUACAGACAAAGAGCUACGAGUUGCAGACAUUGGCCAGCUCUGCGCAGGCCUUGGUCAAAUCAGGGGACCAAGGUUCAGCACAGAUGGUGGUUGACCGUACUCGGGCUCUUAGUGAGGAGUGGAAUAACCUGCAGUUUACUGUGGAGAGGCGAAUCAAGCUGGCCUUGAGUUAUGUCUCCUUCCACAAGGUGGCCAACCAGGUCAACCUCAACUUCGACAGUCUUGACGAAAGCUUUAAAGUUGACAAGGAGGAGAUUCAGUUCAUCACUGAGCCAGCUGUCAAGCACAUACAGGAGAAAUGGGUCACCACACUCCAGAUGUUCAGAGAGGCUGAACAGAAGGGAAGAAACUUCAUCUCGGACUCAUCAAAUGUCCAGGGUGACACCCGCUUAGAAGUAAGGCGUUCAGUGGCAACCACAGAAAGCAUACUGACAACUCUUCAGCAGAGAAAAUCCCAUUUCACUGAGUGCUAUGAGUCAUGGCAGCUCCGAGUGUCUUCUGGCAAAGAGUUCAAAGUCCAGUGGCACCAGUUUGUAGAAGCCGCCAGAAAGACCAUAGAUUGGAUAAUGCGGGCAGAGAAAGACCUUUUUGCUCCCAACAUUGCUGCAGACUUAGGCAGGUCAGCAGAGGCUGCUCAGACUGCGCAGCAGAAACUAGAGCAGUUUGGGCCAACAGCAAAGAAAGCCCAGGCAGAAAUUGAGAAGCACCUGCAAACAGCAGAGAUGUUGGCUCUCAAGGGCGACACCAAAGGGCAGAAGGAUCAGAUAGUUAACGAGCUUCUGAAGGUCCAUCAACGCUUUCAGGCCAGAAUUACAGAAUAUCAAAUCCUCCUCAAUAUGACCAUACAGUUCUACAAAAACCUACACCAGGUUGACAAGCUGAUUGAGAAAACAGAACAAGCUUACAAGCAAGCAGAACUCCCCAAUGAUGUGUCCAGAGCUGAGCAAAUGCUCAGUGAACACUUAGCAAAUAAAGAUCAAGUCAAGCAACUUAUCAACUUCACUGCGGGUGAAGGAGAGCAAAUUGUAGUCAGAGUCCGCCAACAGGAUUCUGAAGAAGCUGCAAAAGAAGAAGUCCAGAAGGUUCUAGAGAUCACCGAAGAACGCAAACAGCACUGGGAAAGAGCAUGGGAUGAGCAGAAGAACAGACUGGAACAGAACGUCCAGCUCUGCCAGUUCAACUUUGAUCUCAGACAAGUGCACAGAGAAAUAGAUGAGCUGUCCCACCAACUGAGAACCAAGCAUGGAGACUAUGGAAGCUCUCUUCCCCAGGCUAAGAUGACAGCAGAGGCCUUCAGGCAGUUUGAAAUGACAGUUGCUCUCACCCAAAAGAAGAUACAAAAUUUCAAGAGCACAGCAGAUAUGAUGCUCAAAAACCAACACUAUGACUCCCACAGAAUCAGACAGGAACUAGCCCACCUAGAGCAGAAAUGGAGCUCAUUCCACACUAAUGUCCAUGAAUAUAGAGAUGCUAUAGAUACCUCUGUGAAAUUCUUCAGACUAUUAGAAGAGUGUGAUGUGUGGGUAAAGGAAGCUACAAGCCUGCUGAUCAAUGCAGGGCGCAAGGCCACCGAGUGCCGCACAAGUGGAGAUGCCACUCGCCUCAUGCAACAGCUAGAGCGCUUCAUUGAAGAUGGCAGGGAUGCACAGGAGGAGAAAAUUUCUAAGAUCUCAGAACUAACACUACAGCUCUAUGGACCACAAGGGCAGCAACAAAUCCAGCCAAUCAUAGAGAGGCAUCGUGACAUAAUUGCCUCCUAUGGCCAGGCAGGCCGUGAGCUCAACACCCUCAAGGUGAAUCUCCAGAAACGUGAACAGAUGCCAACCCAGGAGCAGAUUGCAGCGCCACCUGUGCCACAAAUUGAGGUGCCCCAGUUUCAGCACCAGGAGAUUCAAGUACAGCAGGUCGCCAAGGUCGCAAGAGCUCCAGAGGCACCUGCUCCUAAGAAAGCAAAGAAAGACGUAAAGCCACCCAAGAUAGUCCAGCCCCUAAAAGAUGGGGAGGUGCUAGAGGGCACUAGAUAUGUGUUUGAAUGUAAAGUUCAGAGCGACACACCACCACAGGUCAAGUGGUUCAAGGAUGGACUCCCAGUGAGCAGUCCAGAUUAUGAACAAAGGUUUUUCAAUGACACAGCCACCCUGACCAUAGAUGAGACCUUCUCUGAAGAUACAGCCAAAUAUUCUUGCAAGAUUACCAAUGAGGCUGGAACAACUGAGUCCUCAGCAGUUCUCAGAGUUAAAGAAACUCACCAGAAAAUUGUACCUCCCGAUUUCUCUAAGAACUUGAAAUCUGAGGAAGUUCUUGAGGGCUCGUCCUUCACCUUUGACUGCCAUGUCACUGGUCUUCCGUCCCCCUCCAUAUCUUGGUAUCAGGAUAAAGAAAACAUUGACAACUCUCCAGACUUUGUCAUCACCCAAAUUAAUGGCAUUUGUUGCCUGAAGAUUCGUAGAGUAACACGUGCUCAUGAUGCACGUUAUACGUGUAAAGCAGUUAAUGCAGGCGGGGCUGCUUCAUCAAGUGCCAGGCUCACUGUACAGACUCCAGCAAAACCAAUUUUCACCGAGCCUCUGCAUGAUAUUGUCACUGGAGAAGGCAAGUUUGUACGCAUGUAUGUACACUUUAAAGGAACACCGCCUCCAGACAUCACAUGGAGAAAGAACAACCAAGCCAUACUGCCCUCUAGUGUGUUCAAGAUUGAGACACGCAGCAACUUCUCUUGCCUUGAGAUCAGCGAGGCGUACCCUGAGGACACGGGGACGUAUGUAGUGGUUGCUAAGAACACAGUUGGGGAGGCAAGGUCUACAUGUCAACUCACAGUAGAGGGCAUUUACUCCACAGCCAGUGAGGAAAUGUCCCAAGUGUCAGAGGCCGAGCCAGUUGCGCCCACCUUCACUGCCCAGCUGAAUGACCGGGAGGCACAGGAAGGUCACCGAGUACGUCUGGACUGUGUCAUUGUUGGUAACCCAGAGCCUGAGGUCAUCUGGUACCAUGACGGCAAACCUGUGAAGGAGUCCAAGGACUUUCAGUUGUUAUUUGAGGGUGAUCGGUGUACUCUGAUCAUACGCGAGGUCUAUCUAGAAGAUGGCGGCCAGUACAAGGUGGUUGCCAGGAAUAAGUUAGGGGAAGCCAGCAGUUCUUGUAAUCUCCAUGUGGAACCUAUCAGUGAGCUCUCUUCCAUUUCGGGUGCCAGCUUCCAGACAGAGACAGCUCCACCAAGGUUUACUCAGCUCCUUAGAGAUAUCACAGCUUUUGAAGGCAAGAAGAUCAAGUUUGACUGCCGUCUGACUGGCGUACCACAACCCAAACUCAAGUGGUUCAGAAAUGAAGUGGAGAUAACUAACUCACCUGAUUAUCAGAUCACUGCUAAUGGUGAGUUGCAUACACUGACUAUCCCAGAAGUGUUCAAAGAAGAUGCUGGCUCUUUUGCCGCUGUGGCAACAAAUGAGGGUGGCGAAGCCAAAUCUUAUGCCAAGCUUCAUGUGAAAGAGUCUUAUGAUACCACGACUACAACAACUGUGAAGACCACACGAGUGGAAACCAAAGAAGUGAAGCACUCUCCACCAGAGUUCAAGAUGCUCUUCAAAGACGUCCAUGUCAGACUGGGAGAGUCUGUCAAAUUUGAAUGUGUCAUUGCUGGCAGUCCCAAACCGAAGGUCACUUGGUUCUUCAACGGUGAACCAAUUGUUAGAAAAGAAUACAGAAUCAUCAUGGAGAGUGAUCGCCAUACCCUCUAUAUACAGGAGGUGCGCCCUGAAGACGCAGGCAGGUUUUCUGUAUCAGCAGAGAAUGCCUCUGGCAAAGCAACAUGCUCAGCUCUCCUGGUAAUGGAGGGUACUCCAGGUGUUACCUCUCCUACAAGGCAAAUGGUGUCCCCAGUUGUCCAGGCCCCAGUGUCUCCACAUGCCACAGUAAAACAGACCCGAACCAUCACCAGGGAGGAGAGAGAGGUCAUCUACAGAGAGAUGGAAUACGAAGGUCAAGUGGACAGGGGUCAGUACACAACCACUCUCCAGAGGAAGGACACCGAGACCACCAAGGCUUUACCCUGGGAGAAACCCCGGGAUGAAACAUAUCAGUCAACCAUGGAGCAGCAGCUGAAACCCAAGUUUCAGCCCAUUGACAUGACUAUUGCUAUCCCAGUGGCUCCCAAGUUUAUCGAGCCCAUUAAGAGCAUUGCUGCCAGAGAGGGAACACAAGUCACUUUCCAAGGCUGUGUCACUGGCAAGCCUGAGCCCACCAUCAAAUGGUACAAGGAAGGCAAAGACAUCACCCACCGACCAGAUGUCCAGACAUCGUACCGUGAUGGACGGGUUGCCCUUACCAUUCCAAAGAUUACGAAACAGGACCAAGGCAAUUUUACCUGUACAGCAUCCAAUACUGCAGGCAUGGCUUCCAGUAGUUCAGAGCUCAUUGUGAAAGCCAACAUGGUUCCGCCCAGCUUCCCUCAGCGUCUCCAGAGCCGUGAAGUUCACGAGGGAAAGGCGGUGAAGCUGAUGGUGCGUGUUGCAGGAACACCAACACCCACUGUCUCAUGGUAUCGUGAGGGCGCACACAUUAUCAGUUCGCCUGAUUUUGAAAUCCUGCAGGAAGGGGAUCUACACACGCUGCACAUUCCCGAAGUUUUCUAUGAGGAUUCUGGGAAAUUUACCGUCGCCGCUGUUAACCCAGCUGGUGAAGCAAGAUGCACGGCAGAGCUGAUUGUAGAAGUCCCCACUGACAGGGAGCGUACGUCCCCCUCACCCCCAAGACCUUGGCAGCAGGUGCAAGAGACAACAAGGAAGAUAGAACAGACUGUCUUCCUGUCUCAAGAGAAGAAAGUACCACACAAACCGGUGGCUCCACCUACACCAAAAGUUGUUGUGGCACCACAGAAACCAGUGGCAGCCCCACCACACCCACCGGCACCAAAGUAUGCCAAGAUGGGCCCUGAACCAGGGAUGCCUAAGAUAAUGAAGCCUCUCCGCGACCAUGUGGUACGAGAGGGCCACAAGGUUGUGCUGGAGGUCCAUGCCCAGGCCGUCCCAGAGCCCAUCAUCAAGUGGUACAGGGAGGAGGUCGAGAUCCACCACUCACCAGACUUCAUGCUACACUACAGCAAGGGCAUUGCAACACUCACCAUUGCUGAAUGCUUCCCCGAGGAUUCUGGGAAAUACGUAUGUGUGGCUACCAAUGCCCAUGGGUCUCAGAGGACACAGUGCUUCUUGAGGGUUGAAGGUGCCCCAGUCAAACAGGCACCGCCUCCUCCCCCCAAACCAGUGAAAGCACCACCAGUGCAGAAGAUAGCAGCACCACCACCAGCUCAGAAGGUGGCAGCACCAGCUCCACCACCACCAGUACAAAGGGUGGCACCAGCGCCAGUUGCACCACCAGCACCACCGCCGCCACCUCCGUCACCAAAGAAAAAAGCUAAGGGUGUGGUUCCACAGAUUGUUGAGAAGCCGGUCAACCAACCCUUGUUGGAAGGACAUCCGGCCACAUUUGCGACCCGUGUGACAGGUCAACCAACACCAGAGGUCAUCUGGAGCCACAGAGGACACCCUAUCAAAGAGUCUACCAGACACAGAAUAGAUGUGGACGUCUUCACAGGGAUCACUAGACUCCACAUCAAUGUGUGUUAUCCCGAAGAUGAGGGAGAUUACACAUGUACUGCAGUCAACCCAGUAGGGGAAAGCUCAGCCACUGCUUAUCUACUAGGACAAGAUAAAUUCACAGAAUGGCAAAGAGAAGAAGAGAUGGCUAAGAGAAAAGCUCUAGAAAUGCAGAAGCAGCGUUCCCUGGUGUCAGAACUAGAAACCAGGAUGACGUCUCCAUUGCCCAAGAAGGCAGUCCCAGAAUUCUUCAAGCCAAAGAAAGAACCCACUUACAUGUCUGAUGUCUCCAUGACUUCAGAUGAUGAGGCAAGGAGAAGGACACCAACUGGUCCACCUCACUUCAAAGUGUCCAAAUUUGAAGAACGUUUGAUGACAGAGAUUGACGUCCGUGAUGGUCGUACUACCAGUGCCAGUGAGGCAGAGUAUGAGUCUGAGCCUCUAGACAGGAGUGUCUCUGACCGUCUGGCCAAGGCCCCAGAAAUAGUGACCAGCAUGAAGAACUUUAAGCUGAUGGAGGGCAAUGAUGCUACAUUUGUGUGCAGAGUAACUUCUCAUCCCAGACCAAAGAUCCAAUGGUUCAAGGAUGGAAAACGGAUCUAUGCAUCACCCCGCAUAGAAAUCAAGUUUUCACCUGAUGGCUAUGUGACUUUACGUAUCAAAGAAGCACGUCCUGAUGACACAGGCUACUACACCAUGCUAGCCAUUAACACUGCUGGCAAGGCAACUUGCAGUGCCGAGCUCUAUGUAGAUGCCUUGCCUAAGAUUGAUGAGAGUUCUUAUAUUCGACCAGAGUCACUUGCUCGAAUGAGAAGAAGAGAGAGCAAAACAUCCGUCUCCUCAUUUGAAGGCAGUGAAAGUGGAACUGAGGAGAGACACUUCAAGCCUCGUUUUAGACAAGUCCCACAAGACCUAGAGGUCAGAGAGGGUCACGUGGCCAGGUUUGACUGUAUGGUAUCUGGCCGCCCCCAUCCUGCUGUGGAGUGGUACAGGAAUGGAGUGCAUAUCUUGGAUGAUGCUGUGCACAAGGUUGUUGUGAAUGAAGAAGGCGUUCACUCUCUGAUCAUCAGGGUGGUCACAGAGCAGGAGGCUGGUACUUACACAUGUAUUGCUACCAACAAGGGUGGCACUGACAUGUUCCAGGUCAACCUGAACAUACUGCAGACCCAGCACCUCAUGCCACCACGUUUCACAGACCGCAUGCACAACAUCUCCGUGAAGGCGCACACACCAGUCACCUUCCACUGCGCAGCCACAGGCGUCCCAGUGCCCAUGAUGAGCUGGCAGAAGGAUGGCAUCUACAUCACCCCCACAGACAAGUACAGGGUAGAGACAGACCAGGGCCGAUCUUCUCUGUAUAUUGAUAACCCCGAUGGCUCUGAUAAUGCCUGGUUUCAGUGCUCUGCUGUUAAUAUCGCUGGCAGUGCAUCUACCAGGGCCAAGCUCACUGUAGAAGUCGAGACUAAGAAGAAGGAACCAGAAAGGAAACUGAACAUUCCCAAGGCCAAGGCUGUGGCACCAGGCACACUGCCUGUCUCACCUGCACCUAUUGCCAUACGCAGGACUGAGGAAACAAUGGAGGUAGACCUGGGGUCCCCACCUGGCUCCCCAGACAAACCUGACCCGGGCUCCCCUCCAUAUUAUCAGAUCAUAGGCUACUCUGACGAAUAUGCUAGUGGUGUCGCUAAGAUUAUAAACUAUGUGGAUUUGCCAAGAGCAACUUCUCCUGAUCUUCCACCUAUCACUAUACUACAGUUAGACAAGGAGCGUAAGAUGCUGAAGAUUGUAUCACCUCCAAGUUCUCCAGUUAAACUUAAGUCACCACCUACUUCACCUGUUAAGCCAAAAACACCACCUGUUGUGCCAGCGAAGCCGAAAUCACCUCUGGUCUCACCAGUUAUGCCCAAAGCACCACCAAGUGCACCAGUUAAGGCCAAAUCACCACCGUGCACACCGGUGAAAGAAAAGUCACCACCUUCCUCACCACUUAAACCAGACCCUGGCUCUCCUCCUUACUAUCAGAUCAUUUCCUACUCUGAUGAGAAUGCAUCUGGCAUAGCUAAGAUCACAGCUUACACAGACUUCACAAGAGAAUUGCAGGAGAUGCUUGAAAGGCACAAAGAGGAGUGGCUCAUUCCUAUGAGCCCUGAAUCUGCAGAGGGAAUCCCCACAGAGAGGUCCAUGAUGGAGAUAGAUCUACAGAAAUCAAGUCCUGAGCCCGAUCUAUAUGCUAAUGGCUACCAAAGCCCUCCUCCAAAGGAUGUGCCAGUCCCAUCAAAGGGAGGCCUACCUCACAGUUUGUCAGAGGCCAAGAUGACUUUGUUGAACUUCCUGCCUCAUGAUAUCUCCCAAAGACCUGAGCCGACAGUUGCUUUUGCGUUUGGUGACAAAGGCCUUGAGAUGUUCCCUCAUGAAACCCAGACCCCUCCAACCACCCCUAACCCUGAAGCUGAUAUCAGUCUCCCCCAUUGGAAGUCUCAGAGUUCUGUCCCUCCUGCUAAUUACCCCAUGGAGGUAGAUGCUGAAGACAUUGAAGAUAAGAUUAUGUCUGAUAAACCUUAUAAGCCAUGGAACAAAGGAGAUUUGGAUGAAGGAGUUCAGUGGAAUGGAGUCCAGGAGGAUGGUGAUGUUUUCGAUGUAGACAUGAGGGAGGAGGAGGAAGAAGAGCCUAAGCCUCAUUGGAUGGUUAAGCUAAGGCACGUAGAGCGCUACUCUCCACCUGCUCCUGAGUCUCCCACUACUCCUGUUAAAACAGAGGCUGCGCCUGAAAUCAGACCAGUUCAGGCACCUGUGCUCCCCAAGCCAGCAGUGGCUGCCUUCACUCCUCCAGCACCUCCACCACCCAAACCUGUCACUUUCAAGGUGGUACCUCCUAAGAAAGCUCCACCUCCAACUGCCCCUAAGCCAACCUGGGCUGAGCUGGAGUUUGCUCCACCACAGCCACCUCCAGCUCCUGUCAGGAGGCGCCCUAAAACCAUAUCUAAAGUAGAAUGGCCUCCUGCACCUGUUCCUGCAGAAACUGCAGAGUGGGAGCCUCCUGAUGUGCUGCCACCUAUUGCAGGGGCAAGCCCAGGAUGGAGGCAUGUCAGUGCACCUGUAGGUGGGGUUUCUAUUGUCCCUCCCCCGGCACAAGGUGGGUUUGAACCAUCUGGUGUACCACCUUUUGUGACUUCAGAAGGUUUUGAGCCGAGGUCGAUGGAGCCUAGGCAGCCAUCUCCACCUAAGCUGGUUGCCGCCCAAGUUUCUUUUGACAAGAGUGAAGAAGUUAAGGCAGAUGACUUUGAAGACCCUAGCAUGAUUCAACAAGAUUUGGAUCCUGUAACACAUUUCCAACAGAUAUCUACUAAAAGCAUUGAUGAUGAUGAUGAUGAUGAUGAUUAUGAUGAUGUUGAGCUUUGUAAUAGAGAAAUAGAUGUUUACAGUGAUGCUGGUGGCACUGAACAAAUUGGUGCAGUUGUUAUUGGUGAUGACCAUGCUGACCAUGAACUUGAUGGCAGUACUCAGAUAGUCAGUGAACAAAGACAUAAUGUUACUGAGACCAGUGUUCAAAGUGAACAGAUUGUUGAAAGUAUAGAGACGGAUAAUGCAGUCAGUGGACAGGAUGACACUGCUAUCAAUGUUGAUAGUGAAAAAACUGUGCAUACUGUUGAGCAUGCUUUCAAAAACUUUGAGCCAACAGAUUUUGAUGAUGUUGUGGAUGAUUUUAACUCUGGUAAAUUGAGUGUGUCAGUUACAACUGCAUGGAGACCCCUGUCUGAUGAUGUUUCCCAGAAGCCCUUCGAAGAUAUUCCUCAGCAGAAAACUGAAGUCACAGUUGAGCAGAUGGCGCUGCAGCAGGAAGAUGACAGACCUGGUGCCCCUCCUGCGCCAGCGCCUACCGCCUUACAGGUGGUCUCUGUGGACACUCCAACAGAAAGAACUGCACCAUGGAGGAAGGCUAGACCAACCACACCCCCUAAGGUACCUCCUAAGCCAAUGAGGGUGACUAUUCCAGUAGGUGCACCUGUCCCAGGGGCACCACUCCAGGUUUCCACAGAGAGCAGAGUUUUACCAGAACAGCCCACUGCAGAAAGGGAACCCUUCAAGCCUCAAAAGAUGAGGAAAGAUGUGUUGAUCCUGAGAUCAUCCAGUGGUGCUGCAGCUCACAAAGAAUAUAUCCUAUAUGGGGAGCCACCAGCUCCAGCAGAUAUCUAUGACAAGAGCAAACAGAGACCUCCAGAGUUCAAAACAAGACCCAAAGACUUGCCACAACUGGUAGAGACAGAUGCCGCCCAUUUUGAAUGCCGCCUGGUACCAGUGGGUGACCCACACAUGGUGGUGGAGUGGUUCUUUAAUGGACAACUUCUCCGUCAUGGGCAUCGUUUCAGAACUACUCAUGACUUUGGUUUUGUUGCUCUGGACAUACUGUACACCUACCCAGAGGACUCAGGAGAAUAUGUUGUCAGGGCCACUAACUACUACGGUACUGAUGAGGCUAGGGCAGUACUCAAGUGUAAAGGCAAGCGUUCUGUGAUUAUGGAAACACAACUGCCUGAAGGCAUGGAAGGAGUCCAAAGAUUGCAGCAAAUGGAGGAAUGGAUGGGAAUACCCAGAGAUGAGACUGAUGCAGAGAAACCCAAACCCAAAGAGCAACCCAGAUUUGUCCUUACCAUGGAAAGUGAGGAGGUAGAGGAGGGGGAUACUGCCAAGUUCAUGGUGAAAGUAGAUGGACAUCCCCGUCCUAGAGUGACUUGGUGGCACAACCAGAGCAUUGUUAGAGAUGGAGCCAGAUUCAAGAUCCACUAUGAUGGUAUGAUCCACUACCUGUACAUUCCAAAGUGCCGAGAGUACAACCAGGGUGAGGUGCGCUGUGUGGCCAGGAACACGGAGGGACAGGUUGAGUGCUCCACCACCCUCAAGGUGAAGCCUCAAGAAGACUGGAGAGCCAGGCUGAAGAGAACUCCAGAACCCAUGUGGGGAGUAGUUACAACCCAUGGACCCAAGGCAGUAAUUGAGAGCAUAGAGGUCCUGGAUAAGAUCAUGAAACCCAAAGAUAGAUCACAGAUCAGGCAGGUUGAAAAAGAAAAACAAGAGAAGAUCAGUGCCUAUGUUGUCCCAGAAAACAAGAUGGCGGAGAGGGAGCUUCUUCAGACCCAUGUUGACCUGCGCCAUGCUAGCGCCACCAGUGAUCUACUGCGCCACUCUCCCACAAUGGAGACAGAUGCAGAGGUACACAUUGAAAGAGCUAAGGUACAGCUAGCAGCAGAAACUGAUGAGGGAGCAGAGGCCAGGAAGAAGGCCCUGCUAGAAAGAAAAGAGCCCCCAGUUUUCACGAAACCUGUGGAGCCCAUCAAGACCAAGGAAGGGGUUGCUGUCAGGUUUGACGUGGAGUUCACUGGGUUUCCCACUCCAAACAUCACAUGGUACAGGGACAGCUUCCAGAUUCAACCUUCUAGGGACUUCCAGAUCUCCACUCAGUCGACAAAGAGCACCCUGUUUAUCCCAGAGGUGUUCCCAGAAGAUGAUGGCAUGUAUACAGUGAAGGCAUCCAACCCAUAUGGCAUGGUGGUCAGCAAGGGUAAACUGACCGUGCUGCAUCAACAUUCAUGA